GUGGUGGCUGCGGCGCAGGCCUCGGCGCCAUGGAUCCGUUUUUGAUACUGCUGCACUCUUUCUCCUCGAGGCUGUCGAAAGAUGAGCUCUCUUCCCUCAAGUUCCUCCUGAGGGGGGAGAUCGGGAAAAGGAAGCUUGAGGCUGCCGAGAGCGGCGGGGAGCUCUUCAGCAUACUCCUCGAGCAACAGCUGAUCGCAAGCGACCGGACGGCGUUGCUUGACGGCUUGUUUAAGGCUAUUAACAGAGAUGACUUGGUCGCAGAACUAAAGGAGUUCGUGGAGCAAGGAGAAGUUAGUGCUUCUGAUAAUGAACCAGAUGCGCAUGAAAAACGUCUUCAGAACGCAGCUGUUGAAGUCAUAUGUGAAAACAUCGGGAGGGACUGGAAGAUGCUGGCACGAAAACUGGGCCUUUCUGAAGUGAAAAUUGACAGAAUAGUGGCAGAGUAUCCAUUUAGCUUGUAUGAACAGUUGUUUCAGUCCCUGCGAGCCUGGCAGAAAUGGAAGGGAAAAGAUGCAAAGGUGGCUGACUUACUGAAAGCCCUUCGGGGCUGCCAUAAGAAUUUGGUGGCAGACAUAGUUGAACAGAAGCUCUCACAACUGGAUGCUGGAACCAGCUUACAUCAACAUCAAAACAAUCCCACGUCCCCCAGAGAGGAUGAGAGAAGUACCGAGUGCCUUCCACUCUUCUGAACCAAACUCAGAAUUGGUGGUUCAGUUACUUUUUCUGCUAAUAAUUUACAUGCCUUAAUAUGUUGAU